UAUAUUUUUACCCCUUCUUUUUCCUUCAUAUUUUAUCUUGAUUUUUUUGUCUUUCCCAUAAGAAAUUUUCUCCAAAGUAAUAUUCAGAGAUCAAACAACACUAUCAUUAGGGUGCCAAGAUGGUGGCACAGGGAUUCAUAGUGGAUUUAAACAAGCCACUCGUUUUCCAGGUGGGCCAUCUUGGAGAUUCAUAUGAGGAGUGGGUUCAUCAGCCAAUUAUUAGCAAAGGAAGUCCAAGAUUUUUUGAAAAUGAUAUUUUAGAGUUUUUGACUCGAACGGUUUGGUGGGCAAUUCCAUCAGUGUGGUUACCAAUAGUAGGUUGGUUGGUUUGGAUAUCAUUAAAAAGAGGUGGUGGUAUUAGUGAACUAUUUUUGACAUUACUUGGUGGCAUAUUUUUAUGGACAUUUUUGGAGUACACUUUACAUCGUUUUGUAUUUCACAUGAAGCCUAGUGGAUAUUGGGCAAAUACACUUCAUUAUCUUAUUCAUGGUUGUCACCACAAGCACCCUAUGGAUGGACUAAGACUUGUCUUUCCCCCUGCUGCAACUGCCAUUCUCCUACUCCCACUAUGGAGUGUAAUUAAAUUGUUAGUACCUUUCACAUAUGCCCCUGCCUUUCUUGGAGGAGGUUUGUUGGGUUACAUCAUCUAUGAUUGCACACAUUACUACUUACAUCAUGGCAAACCAUUCAAAGGAAUUUCACAUUCACUCAAGAGGUAUCAUAUGGAUCAUCAUUUCAAACUUCAAGAUAAGGGAUAUGGAAUCACUUCAAAAUUUUGGGACAUCAUCUUUGGGACACUACCUCCUAAACCUACCAAUAAAAUUAAGUAAUAUUUCUUCAUACAUCAAAAGGGGAAACUUAAAAAAAAAUAAUGUAAAAAUAUGCAUAUGACAAGUAUAUAUGUUUGGAUCUCUAUUUUCUUUUUUGUUCAUUCCAUCUAUAGUUUCUCUUUACCUUUGGUUUUUAAGUCUUUAGGAAAUCUUAAUUUCUGGUGAUCAAAAAUCCAUUAGGGUGAGUGACACUUAAAGUGGUUCACAUUGUAAAUUAGUAUAUCAUCUUAUUUUGAAUGCUUCCUCUUUUUUUCUCAAUUAAAAUAUUGUUACUUCAA